AUGGGAAGAACAAAGUACUUUAAUGUUUCUUUUGUAUUAUUGUCAGUGGUUUUAAGUGGUUUAGUUAAUGCAAUUGAGUUGAAUACCACAUUGAUCAAGGAGGCCACAAUAGAUGACAUCCAAAGGGCCUUUACCCGAAAACACCUCACGUCCAGGCAAUUGGUUCAAUAUUACUUGCACAGGAUCCACGCCCUCAAUCCCAUACUUGCCGCUGUACUGGAACUCAAUCCUGAUGCGCUUCAUCAAGCGGAUCAUGCUGAUCGUGAGAGGAAACGAUAUUCACAUCACAGCCGUCCAUGUCUGCAUGGGAUCCCUGUGCUUCUUAAGGACUCCAUCGCCACCAAUGAUAAGCUCAACACUACCGCAGGGUCCUAUGCCUUGCUUGGUUCACACGUUCCACGUGAUGCUCACGUGGUUGCUAGGCUCAGACACGCUGGUGCUAUCAUUCUCGGCAAAGCUAGUCUCACUGAGUGGUACGGACUGCGCUCUUCCACUAUGCCAAGUAAUUGGUGCGCCAGAGGUGGACACGCCGUUAAUCCUUAUGCGAAGUCGGUAAUUUCGUGCGGGUCAAGCUUUGGAUCGGCCAUUUCAGUUGCAACUAACAUGGUUACAGUUUCUUUGGGGACUGAGACAGAUGGCUCCAUGAUAUGCCCAGCUGAUCAGAACUCAGUAGUGGGAAUCAAACCCACUGUUGGACUCACCAGCAGAGCUGGUGUCGUACCAAUUUCACCUCGUCAAGAUACAAUUGGGCCAAUAUGCAGGACAGUUUCUGAUGCUGUUCAUGUGCUCGAUGUGAUUGUUGGGUUUGACCCAAAUGACCAUAAUGCUACAGCAUCGGCAGCAAAGUUUAUACCUAGAAGGGGUUAUAAGCACUUCCUAAAAAAAAAAGGGCUCAAAGGAAAGAAACUUGGUGUUGUGAGGAAUCCAUUUUUGAAGUCUUACAAUGGAUCCAAUGCCAUUUCCAUAUUUGAGGAUCAUCUCAAAGUGUUCAGGCAGAGAGGUGCAAUAGUAGUAGACAAUUUGGAAAUAGCGAAUAUAAGCAUCAUUCUCGACCCUUUCCAAAGUGGGGAAGCAGUAGCACUAUUGAGAGAGUUUAAGGUUUCCAUCAACGAUUAUCUGCAGCAUCUCGUUUCCUCUCCAGUGAGGUCCCUGGCUGAUAUUAUUGAAUUCAACAUUAACAACCCUGUUUCAGAAAAGACAAAUAAGUACGGGCAGGCUUCUUUUAUUAUAUCGGAACAGACCACAGGCAUUGGACAGAAGGAAAUAAUGGCAGUGCAGAUGAUGAAGCAAUUAUCACAUAAUGGGUUUGAGAAGCUAAUGAAGGAGAAUCAAUUGGAUGCGUUGGUGACUUUAGGCCCUGAGGCUUCUGGGAUUCUCGCAAUUGGAGGCUAUCCUGCAAUCACUGUCCCAGCUGGCUAUGAUAGCAAAGGUGUACCAUUUGGGAUCCUUUUUGGGGGAUUAAAGGGAACCGAACCUAAACUCAUUGAGAUUGCUUAUGCCUUUGAGCAAGCUACAAUGGCAAGGAAACCUCCCCCUCACUUUUGA